UAAGCCAGAAAUGUCUCGAAACCAACAUCAAAAUGUAUAACAAAAAUGUAUACUCUUUUGGGAACUCGUAAAGGUUAACUUAGGGCUUUCGAUCUAAUGAUUUAUUGGAAAUUCCUCAGUAAACUGCCAUCAAAUUAGCCCGCUGAACAACCCGCCAUCAUCAUCAUCAUCACUCGCAAACAUGGCAAAUUACCACCCACCGCCACGUAAAUCAUCAUAACCAUAUUUCAGUCGCUCCACAGCGAUCUGAAUCCCCCAGCGAUUUGUGCAACUAUUCAAUUGGCCCGACUGGAUGGCAAGGAGGCAUUAAAUUAGCGAAAUCAGGCAGGUAAAAAUAAGGAAAACGAUCGACUUAAGUAAAAGCCGGCCGCCAAAUUGCACAUUUUACAAGUUUACGAACCACUAAGCGGAGCCAGCAGAAUCGCCUUUUUGGCGAAUUUAUUUCUAAAACAACUCUAUCGCGAUCACCUGGCGACGCAGAGCGGCCCAUAAAGCCAACGAUUUAUUGGCCAAGUCGGCAACAAUUUGACAAGCAAAUUGCUAUAAUUUCUGGACAUUGCAAGUGGGGGGAAUUCCCCAGUCCCCAAGCCCCCAAUCCCCGAUUCUUCGCAAGAAUGCUGUGUGGACAUGAGCAGCGCUCUUUUCGCGCUUUUAUCUGCGCAAAUUUAUGCUGGCGAUAAAGCCCCAACGACUACUGGACUGGAUCCUCUGCUCUGGAGAGGAAGAGCCCAGGUCGGAGGAGGAAUCACGUGGCCCAAGGCUGGCAUCUAAUUGCAUGGCCAUUCGGAUGGAUCGGCGCUGUCCGCUGGAAUUGCCAUAAUUUCGCUGGCUUUACGAGCUGCCAGAGAAUCCCUGAGUCUCCUCCACAUUUCCCCAGCGACCACACAUACAUCAGAACAUCAGAAUCAGAAUUGUCGAGUGCACAAAAGUUUUUGGCGAUCACUUGGACUAUUAAAUCGCAAUUAAAUGCGUGACGUGUGGUCUCCAGGGUACGUAAAUCCCAGGGAAGAAAAUGCCGAAAUGGCAAUCAUCAUUAAAAAUGCAAAAGGCAUAAAAUUGGCCAGAAAGAAGCCCAGAAAUAUAAAUGAUUUCCUUGGGCCUCAUCAAAGGCGGCGAUAAGGAAGUAUUCUCCUUUUCGUUCGAGUCGUAAAAAAAACCGACGAAAACUCCGACGACAGCGUCAUAAAAAUUAAAAGAAAAUCACAAUCUUGCGAAAUAAGCCUCUUUGAAAAGUGACCAGGACGGAGUUUCGGACUAAUUGUUGCUCAGUGCGUGCAUUUGGGAAUUACGACAGUUGGGCUUUUGAUGGCACUUAGAAAGCCGUUAAUCCUAAUUUUAUGCAUCCAGUCUGUUGGCCUGGCCAAGCCAAUUUAAUGGCUCACUUCCCAUGGCUCAUAAUAAUGUUGAUUCCUUGCUGAUUCAUAAAUAUGCGUUAGGCGGGGAAAAAGGGCAUACAAAUGGGUGGGGAGCAGGGUUCAUUUACAGGUCCCCAAAGCAACAAAUUAGGACUGGAACCAGCUGAAUUUGUCAAAGUCAACUAUCAUUUUAAAUCCACUUACAAGAAUUACUUAAAUUUCAAAAGCCCGUUUUGGCUACUGUGGGACAUUUUCUAACACUAACUUUCAGAGACGAUGUGAUCAAGCAUCGAUAGCAGGCUUAUCGGUAUAUAAGUUAAUCGUCAUCAAGUAAUUUUGGAGCACUUUCCUUCACUGAAGUAGGCGAAAAAGUUGUUGAGUUAUCGAACGAAUAAAAACAUUUAUAAAAAAUGUACGGGGAAACUACGCUAAAUAAGGACCACGUAAUUAAAUUUAUCAGAUUGAAAAUUAACCACUGCUUGGGCUGCGAUGAAGUGGAGAUAAACUUCUCUAGAGCGGACAAUGUCCACAUAAUCAUCUACAGUUUGGCCAAGGAUCUGGCAAAGGACCUACCGGCUGUAACGCCCGUGGCCCAAGCCAUCCUACUCCUCUGCUCCCUUACCUAUCCGGAUUCAGAUAGUCUUCAGACGAUUCCGCAGCUGGAAAUCGGCAAGGGAAGCGUCUCGAUGAGCUUCAAAGUCUAUCCCGUGGAUAAGGAACAGGAGACGGAGCCAGAGUCGGAGAGCGACCUGGAUGAGGGGCCCUCCACCUCGAAACAGGCCCUGGAGCGACUGGAGCAGCGUGCGGAGCGCAAAGCCAAGGAGGCGUCCUUAAGGAACCUGCAUUCCAAAAGCAUCUUUGUGACCGUAGAGCGCAGAUUCGAUAUGUUCUUCGCCCUGGACACCGUUUCCUAUUAUAUAAACGGCGGCAAACGCCAAACGUGCCGCCUCCCGGAGUUCCACGCCAAGUUCUUUGUGAGGCCCCAGUACUCGAUCAAUCUCCUGAGGCAGCUGCACGAGAAGUGCUCCGGAAACUGGCUAAAGGUCAUCCAAAGCGACGGCGAUGGUGACGCCUUCAAAAAGUUCAAAGACCCCGACAGUCCGUUCGAGACCUUUGUGAAGCUCUUUGAAAGUAACCCAAUCAAAUCAAACGAUACGAUGGGCAAGUUGGCCAAAACAUGCCUGCACGUCAAUGAGGCAGUGCGUCUGACGGAGCGCGAGUUCAUACUGGAGGUCUUCAACCAGGUGCGCCACAUAUUCGAGUACAUCACGGCCCAGGAGUACACCGUGUGGUUCCUGGUCCCUUGCCUGGGAGACAACGACCAGCUGCGUUCCAAGACCCUCGAAGACUUCGAUUUGACCAAAGUGCGAACGUCUAUUCGUCCAGCCGGUGACACCACCAACAUUUGGUGGGAUCAUACUGAUCACAACAUCAAGGACAUUCUAUUGGUGGCCUUCCAAUUGGACCUGGCCACCCAUGUCAAUCAGUCGGUUCUCGUUAUCAGCCAUUUGGAAACGCUGGCGGAGUUUUCCACUAUGCAAUAUGUGACGGCCUUCUUUAUGAACGACUUUUACGCAAAGAAAAACACGGAGCCCAAAUGGAUCUGCCACCGCUACUUGGAGCGCAUCAUUGAUGUGGCCUUGUUCCUGGGCGUCAUCGUCAUCAUCGAAUACCCAAGUGCAUUCACUCUGUUGCAGGAGGGUCGCCACUUGAUCAAGUGCUUCCAGAAGGAUGAUCCCGAAUCCUCCAGCACCUCCCAAUGGGAAAUAUUCGAAGAUGUGGUCAAGGAGAGCGAGUCUGACCUCGAGUUUCUCAAGGAGGCGGUGGGCAAAGUCUAGCAGAACGUAUAGUCUUCAAGAGAAUACACUAGCUUCGCCUCGAACAAAUUUCAUUUAUCUGCCGUCUGCGGCUUUCACACGCAAAUAUUUCCAUGCUCAUUUUCUAAUUACGCCACAGCUCACGGUCCAACUUCACUCCGGCUGCAAACCCAUUCUUCAGCUCCAUUUCAAUUAGGGUUUUGCCGGCUGUCAGUUCGAGUGCCACUGGCGGAGCAGCCGAGGGUCCUUGCACCACCAUCUCCGCCGACCCACAAACAGCAACUACAAUGGCUGUCAGACGAGAAGCACGCGUCAUUUGCCGGCGAAAUGCAUUUGCGCUAACCGAGAGCAUUUUUAGCCAAAAUCACCCGGUGACCCAGUUGCAAAGCCAAGAGCCCGGAGAUACAUCCUGAUGGAAUGCUGACUGACUGGCGGACGGACUUGAGUGAUUGGCGGUUACUGGGGCAAUUAUUUUGGACGCUGAUGGGUUCCAUCAUUCUUUUGCAAACACAAUCUUUAGUUAUACAUUCUAUAUACAUAUAUUCUAUACAAGAGCAAGCGAGGCGAAGAUUUUCCAUACUAUAUUAUUACACCAUUCACAUAAUCAUAUGGAGAUGUACGUGUAUAUAUUAACCCUCAUUUAUCAUUUUAUAUCCUAAUUGUCAGGUUUAUAAAUAAAUAGAU